AUGUACAGUCUCCUUUCAAGUCUUCUGGCCCGAGAUGUUGAUCGGCGUUUGGGUUGCAUGGGUCGGGGUUCCUUUGAAGUGCGGGAGCAUGAGUUUUUCACGGGUAUAGAUUGGCAGCUGGUCUACCAUCGCAAAUACACCCCUCCACUUAUCCCUCCACGUGGAGAGGUCAACGCGGCAGAUGCAUUCGACAUUGGAUCCUUUGAUGAAGAGGAUACGAAGUAUAUCAAGUUAACGGAAAGUGAUUUGGAACCCUACAAGGAUUUCCCUCUGGUAGUAUCCGAACGUUGGCAACUGGAGAUUGCAGAGACAGUCUUUGACGUAGUGAAUCAGGAGACUGAUCGAAUGGAAAAUAAGCGCCGGUCCAAACAAUCACAAUCACAGCAAUCUCAAUCUUCCUCCAGUUCUUCAGCCAACACUUCCAGUACUUUGCUGACUCCACCACACGUUCCUUCUUCCUCUUCUUCGAAUAACCACAAGAGUUCGGAGAGCACGGGUGGCGAGUCCUCUGUGGACUCGUUAAAUUCAGACUGCAUCGUUGAGGGUGAUAUUCUCAAAUUGGUUGGACCCUUCUUUCAAACCUGGCAGCGAAAAUUCCUUCGACUCUUUCCCAAUAGGCUGGAGAUGUAUAGCAAGUCGAGAGAUGGCACUGUGGUGAAGAAAGGCGUUGAGCUUAUAUCCAUGGUGGAUAUUCGAGAAAUCUCGCCAACUUUCCAAAGAAUGUAUAAAAUGGAUAACUGCUUAACAAUUGUGCUAAAGAAUGACUCCAAGAUCGUCAUCACGUCAAGUGAUAAGAUUUUAAUCAACCAAUGGAAGGAAGAAAUAGAGGAGGCCUUCCAAAUUUCCAACGAGCUGAUUUCAAAUCUAAAUAAGAAGGCUCAUAAAGUUUACGGAGCUGAUUCGCCUCCACUUCAGCCUUCAACUCCCGAUCAGAUCGCAAUAGGUCGUACACCCACAAAGAGUGGUGGCUCUAGUACAGAGUCCUCCAGCUGUCAAGGCCUUGUGCGACAGACUACCGUCCCUGUAACGACCUUACAAAAAUCUCUCACGAAGCUCUACUCCAUCACAGCAACAAGUUCGACAAGCAGUGGGAUGACAGUCACCUUCGAUAAAUCCCCUGCACGAUCACAGACAGCUGAACCAAUCACUGAGAAGGAAGCUGAUAGUGAUGCCUGUCAAUCAUUAACAAGAGGCCAAUCUUUUUCCAGUUCAUCUGAAACCCUUUCCAACCUUUGCUCAAAUGCUUCGUGCUCCUAUCCUUUCGAAUCCUAUGAUGGCUUAUUGAGUUCUCUUCAACAAUCAUCUGCAGUGAAUUGUGUCUUCGAUUCUUCCCUAGAAUUAAAUCUGGACUUUUUAGAACUACCAGAAUCGGAUGGCAGUUCUACCAAUGUCCAGAAUUCAAGAACACUUGAGCAGUCAAGUUCAUGUGUAAAUAAUGUAAAUACCAAACCUUCUAUAUCACAGCAUCAAGGACAAAAACCUUGCGCCGUUCUGCCAAGGUACCUUAUAGAAUCAAAUAAUGAUGCUGGUUUGACUCCUCGUGAAUUUUCUCACAGUCCAGACAGUGAUAGUGGAAUUAGUACAACUUCUGCGAUGUCGAAUCUCAGUUACAAAGAAGUACUAACCUUACGAGCCCAAAAGUCAAAAAAUGUAAAUUCCGUCGCAAGGCCUGUUCGUCCAGUCUCGCUGCUUGAGCGAAAGCAUUCUGCUAACACAGAGAACAUACUCCAUGAAAGUUGUUCAAGCAACUCGAUCGAGACCCACUUUGGAAAGCAAAAGAGUAUGAAAGAGCGAAUUGCUGAAGUUACUGAAAGAUUAUCUGCACCUCUUGAACGUCGCAGGAGAAAUUCAAUCCCUCAUUCUCCCAUUCAAAGUAAAACACGCAAUGGAACAAUUCAGAAACAACGACAAUCGUCACUUCCAAGACGGAGGGUGAAAUUACCGACUUCGAUGAUUGUUGCACCACCAGGACAACGAUUUGAACCCCUUUCUCCUGAGGUUAGUAUUAAAAAUUACAAAUAG